GAUGUCGGCACACUUUAUAUCACACAAUCUGACGACACCCUUGAGAGCGGUGUCCCGCUGGAAGAGUCUCUCACGGUGCCGGCUUCCGUGCUUUCCUUCUUGACUCGAAGCCAACCAAAAGCGGGCCUUCUGGAUAGAUGCGGUCUGCAUCAAUCAGCAAAACGAUAGAGAGAAGUCCCCUCAGGUGCCGAGAAUGAGAGACAUCUAUCUGCGAGCAAAGCGCACUCUUUGCUGGUUAGGUCCAGAGGCGGGCGGUAGUAUGGAGGCUAUUGCAUAUAUCGAGUCGUUGAACAAACUGUUCAGACGAAAGCUAGCGGAAUUAGGUUUUGGAAAAUUUACUAAAGACAAGGUUGAAAUGGGCAUUCCCUCGUUCGAACUCAAAGUCAAAUUGGGCGACCGCCAACUCGAAGCAAUAUGCAAGAUACUCGAAUGGCCGUGGUUUGAGCGAGCUUGGAUCGUGCAAGAGUGCUUUGUAUCUACAGAUGUGUGGAUCGUCGUCAGCAACUCAUCGGUGCGGUGGCACGCCUUGGUUGGGGCAUUCUCGCACCUCAUGCAAUUUGAACGCACGUUACUCGAGUUCUGCCCGGGCCAUGGGGUCUCGUACCUCAUAGAACUGAGAUAUGGCGAGAUUGAUUGGAAGGCUCAGAAAGACGUGGAAUGGUGGCGAGUGCUGAUCAGACAGCGUCAGUUCCUGUCUACAGACCCACGAAAUAAGAUCUACGCCUUCUACGGGUCACGGUGCGGAGAAGAUUUUCGUAGAAUGGCCAUCUAGCCUGACUACGAGGGGACAACUGCUGAAGAGUUGUACAUACAAUUGGCUUCGAGAGGACUCGGGCUUAUGAAGCAAGCAGAAAUCCUGAACGUUCCAAGGCUU